UUAAGAUAUUUUAAUAACUUCGUCAACUCAACUCAACUGCUUGUAAGAAAUUUGAGAGCCCGUCGCCGGCGCUUGAACCAGAGGCACCGGAUCUGCUGUGGCAGCUGUGUGCGCUCCAUUCCAAUUCCAUUAUUUCUCUUUAAUGUUCUAAGGGUUUUUUUCUUUUUUUUUUUCUGGGUUUCUCUGUAAAUUUGCAAUUAAAGGAUGCCGUAAUCGAACGAUUCGGAGCACGGGGUUGUAUUGAUUGUUGAGGAAACCGGUUGUCUUGAAGCCAAAGUUUAUCUUCAAAGGGAGCUGCUCAUAGUUUCACUGCAGCUUUUGAGUUGAAUCUUUGUUAAAUAUCGUUUUGGGUGACUCGAGCUUGAUUUCUCUGUUUAAUAAUCAAUUUAAGCAUCUAAUUUCACAUGUUUUGACACUUUUGUAUCUUUUUAUUCACUGUGAACACAAUGCCAAAGGAUGGCCUGGACUUGGUUUGGGGCUGUUUGUUGACUGUUUAAACAAAUAUUCUGCUCUGGACGUUCAGGUAUUGUUGAGAUUCAGUAUCCAGGACCUGAUAUGCCGCUGCUUAUCAGGCCUGUUGAUUCGCUUGAUGCUUGCAUUUAUGCAGAAAUCAGGACAAGAAUCCCAGAGACAAUUUCAUGGGACUACAACUUUGAACCUGCAGCAACUACACCACUUACUUUUACUGUGGAAGUAUUAUACUUCAGUCUGCAGCUUCCAGAUUAUUCCCGAGCCGAGCCUGCAUCAACAGGAAUAAGUACAAGUUUGAAGUUUCUACAAGCAACCACUUCAAACCUACCCAGUACCAGUAGUGUGGUUAAAGAUAACAGAGGAAGUAAAUUGACUAUUGGGAGAGGAGGCAUUCUGAAAGUUCAGGACCUGGUUUCAAUUGCCAGACUACCUGCUUCACAUCCACACAUUGAAUCUGUUGGCUAUUAGCAACCCAGCAGAAUAGCUUAUAUAGAGUUCUUUGUGAAGCCUGAGGUAGAUGAAGACAUGGCAAAUGAUUCAUAGGACUUUAUUGAAGACAUUAAUUUGUGUUUAAGUUUGUAGUAGUCAGUCAUUAAUUCAUUAUCCUAUGUCCUAUCAACAAAUUCCAAUACACUAUACUUCAAUUG